GGUUUCCCGCCGCCUGAAGGGCGCCUUCCCUGCCCGCAGGCGGUUCACGAGGCCAUCCGCGAGAACGGGCUGCUGAUCGUCCGGCGCAAGGAGCUGGCGUGGAGCCGGCAGGAGAGCCAGCGCUUCUACCGGGAGCACGCAGGGCGGUUUUUCUACCAGAGGCUGGUGGAAUACAUGGCCAGUGGCCCCAUGAGGGCGUACAUCCUGGCCCACAAGGAAGCCAUCUCGCUUUGGAGAUCUCUGAUGGGUCCGACCAAGGUGUUUCGCGCGCAGCACACGGACCCGGAGUCCAUCCGCGGGUCGUUUGGCCUCACGGACACCCGGAACACUGUGCACGGCUCAGAUUCAGCCGCAUCGGCCAGCAAGGAGAUCGCCUUCUUCUUCCCCGAGUUCAGCGAAGCGGCCUGGUACGAGCACGAGGAGCCGCGGCUGCGCGACCGGCUGGCCUGCCCUGAUGCCGAGGAGGCCCUUCGCCGUGAGCCCUGGGAGGGCUGGACAGGGACAGGCUGCAGGCGGGAGGGGCAUGGUGCCAAAUGAGCUGCGGCGCGCCUCACGUCCGCGCCCUCCGGGGAGGUGUCGGCACGGCUCCACACGGACUUCACGGGGCCAUCGCCGCAUCUGCCGUUCCCACAGGCCGAGUGCCAAGCCAUGUACCUGUGGUGGCCACGUGCCGAGUGACCCACCCGCCCCAGUGUAAUUUGCACAGGGGCGCAGGGCUGACCCAGCCGGGUGCAGUUCUCAUUUGGGCACGGAGGAGAGGUGCCCGGCAGCCCCUGCCUCGCUGCCGUGGCCGCGCCUGCCCCCGCCUCAGCCUGCCUCGCCUGCGUGGUGUGGCCCUGGCAGCCAGCCGUGCCUUGCCUGCAGGCCGCUGCCCCAAGCGUCAGGCGGGAGCAGGAUGCGACCAGCAGCCCGGCUCAGGAAGCAGCAUCCAAAGAAGGGAGGGGGGAGACGCCACCAGACGCAGCGCGACGCGUUCCUGGUCUGGCCCUAUCAGAGUGUUUUGCAGUCUGAUAGGUGAUUGAAGUAUCUGUUGUUUUCAAAAUGUAUUUUGUAAUAUUCGCACUGGAGGUGCUAAUGAAAAUGCUUUGGGUUUAA